CGAAUCGACCAAUAUUCACGAGUUCUAACGUAGUGACUUUUUUUUAACGCGCGUUGUAGAUUGGCAACACUAUCUCACAGUCUACACAUCUGUUCCGAGUCCCAAAUAAGCCGGAUUCAAUAAUGGCGGCCAAUCUGUCAUGGCUCGCUGUUAAAUGUCAAUCGAGAGGGAAAAUUUCGAAAUAGUGGCUGAUCGGAAGUACUUUCGUUCGUGAAAAUGGCUGCGAAAGAGCCUGCUACCAUCGACGACGGGAUUCCCGAGCCGGGUAUCGAGCCUGGCGCCUCCGCGGAAACAAUGCUCGUCACUACCGACAGUUUCGAGGAGUACGAACAAGAGAUGAGCAAUAGUAUCGAUGAUAGACAAAUGAAAGAAAGCACAACGAGCACUAUUUCAGAGAUACAGGAAGACGUGCAAGACAUUCCAACCACGCCCACUACGUCCAAUACACAGGAACUUGAAAAAACUGCGUCGCUCGACGAUUCCGAACUAGAUGAUGUUACACAACGAUUAGGACAGAGUGGCAUCGACUCGGAUCCUUUACGUUGUAAGGCAUGGUUAGCGCAAAAGAAGCAUAUAUUUAUUUUAAGCCAAGCAGGGAAACCGAUAUAUUCUAGAUACAGUUCAGAGGAUAAACUAGUCACAGUGAUGGGUGUCAUGCAGGCUCUAGUUUCGUUUGUUCAAGCGGGCAGUGAUAUGAUUAGAUCUGUUCACGCAGGAGACACUAACUUUGUAUUUGUCGUCAAAGGUCCAUUAAUUCUAGUUGCGGUGUCGAAAACGCUCGAAAGUGUACCUCAACUUACAUUACAGUUAACAUAUGUAUAUAAUCAAAUAAUUUCUGUGUUAACCCAGUCACAGUUAACUAGAGUGUACGAUCAACGUAGAAACUUUGAUUUAAGAAGAUUGUUAACUGGUAGCGAAAGACUGAUAGAUCAUUUAUUAAAUUUUAUGGACAGAGAACCAGCAUUCUUUCUAGGAGCCAUUAAAUGUUUGCCUUUACUGCCGUCUAUGAGAAGUUCUAUCACGCAAACUAUCAUUCAAACUUGUGGCAAAAUAAAGAACUUAGUAUUUGCAAUACUUUUAGCUAAUAACCAAUUGGUAACAUUAGUCAGAAUGAACAAAUUUUUUUUACACCCUGUGGAUUUACAUAUAAUACAAAAUUUGGUCGACAGUUCAGAGUCACUUAAAACUGCUGAGAGCUGGACGCCAAUAUGUCUACCAAAGUUUGACGCCAAUGGGUAUAUGCAUGGACAUGUAUCAUAUUUGGCCGAGGAUUGUCAGGCAUGUUUAUUGUUGCUCACAGUUGAUAGAGAUGUAUUCUUUGUUCUUUCCGAAGCAAAACAAAAAAUUGUAGAAAAAUUAAGGCGAACAAAUUGUUUAGAAGCAAUUAACGAGUCUAUGAAUAAACCACCGAUCAAAACUGCUGAUAUUGGGUUGCCGGAAAUACGGCACGUUUUGUAUAAAUGUAGAAGCACGGCACAAUUUUGGAGUCCUGGAUUUCAACCGCCGUAUACAACCGACGAAGAAAUAGAACGGUUAUUGGGGCUUUACCAAUGUUUACAUCACAGGCUGCACAGUCCCAAUCGACCAUUAAAACUUAUAUUUCAGCAAUUAGAGAAAGAAACUAUGUUGGCAUGGGUAACAUUAGGUUUUGAAUUGUAUGUUACGUUUGAACCACUUGUAACAAAACCUGAUGCAAUCGAGGCAGUGAGUAAAUUGUUAAAAUGGAUAAAAAAAGAGGAAGAAAGAUUAUUUAUUUUAAAUUCACCCACAUUUUAAAAACCAGUGGAAUCAGUUUUAGAAAAUUACAAAAGUGUUUAUCUUCUACGAAUGUAAUUCGAAUUCGUAUUGGUAAUAAUUUGGCAAUUGUUUAUAUUGAUUUGAAGAACUACAGAUCGCUAAAAAAAAUUAUUCCAUUCAAAAUAGUUGCAUUCACAUUUCUUCAAUGCAUCAAUGCUAUACUUUGCUCACUUUUUAAUUAUAAAAGAUACUGUAAAGGUGCAUAUGUGAAAAUGUAUAUAUAUAUAUAUAUACAUUACAUAUGUAAUGUAAAGUAAGUACACUUAUGAACAGGCUAUGACAUUCUCAACUUACUUUUACUACAUGGUGCUUGAGAAAACUUGUCACUGUGUUGUUAAAAAGAGAUUACUUAAAAUACAAUAUCUUUUUAUAUCAUUUAGCAAACAAAUCGUAACUUUACAAAUUAUCGAGCGAUCCUUUGUUAACAAUCACAGUGAUAAAUUUUCCCUGAAAUUGUAAAUAAGCGUAAAAACAGCAGCCAUUGUUUCAUGAUCUUAUUAAGUGAAAAAUUAUGAUUCCAGAUAGAAUAAAUAAUAUAAAUGUUUAAGAAGAAAUAAUUAUCGUCACUUACAUGUAAUGUACGGGUAUUACGAGCUACUAUGUAGCGUUUCUAUUGAUAAAUGCUAUAAUUUUAAUACGAAAUUAUUCUUUAUGUUAUGAAUAUGUUACAUAUUGCUGUUAAUCACGAUCAAAGUGCAGUACGUACGAUAAAAAAAAAGUUAAAGUGCA